AUGAGUAAUAAGGUCUUCACGAAAACAGGAAUUGAAGUUGAGCCAACGCCUAUACAGAUCAGAGAUCGCCGAAACCAUGCGCCGCCAGGGGACUCGCAAGACAAUAAGUCUGAUAUUUCAAUCAUCCUGUACGACCCAGCCUUGCGGUCAAUUAUCGGUCCCAGUCCAAACCACGCCCUCCUCGCAUCAUCCGCAGAAGCCAGCGCACACGCUCUCUUCCACCGAGGCUGCGUCUAUGUCCCCUCUCGCAGAGAGCUGUGGACCACCUCCGCGCCCCUUGCGGCAACCGACCCAACCCGACCAGCCACCAUUCUCAUGUCCAAAGUGAUCGUCACUCUUUCCCCGGAGGACGGUACCCUGACCUCCGAAUGGUCCAAACUCAGGCCCCCUCCGACAAUGGCGAUGCCGGCGAACGGGUGCUUGGCAGGCGACGGAAUUCUCUGGUGCUCGCAAGGCACGCUUCAGCCCGAGACCGGCGGAGUGUUCCACGCGCCCGCGGGCCGGCUGCCAAGUGCCGUGAUCACGUCGUACUACGGCCGCGACUUCAAUUCGCCUCACAGCGCCGUGUUAUCGGGAGGCGGAGUUUGGUUCUCGGAUCCUUGCUGUGGGCAUGAGAUGGACUUCAGGAGAGAGCCGCAAUUGCCGCCCUCGGUGUACCGGUACGAUCAGAUGACGCGGGAGGUGAGGGCUGUUGCGGACGGCUUUACUCGACCGACUGGGAUCGCUAUUGAUGAGGAUUCUUCAACACUUUACGUUGCGGACUCCGGUGGUGUAAAGGCUGAAGGGAAUCUAGAUUUGGUGCAGUGA